UUCGGCAUCUGCGCCGCGGGUUUUUUCAAAGGUCUUUUUCCUCCCAUUUUCUGUGCGUGUAGCAGACUGGUUGGAAAAGGAGGACGGUUUUCAGUGAAUUUAGAUAAAAAGCGGAGUGAAUUUAAGGAAAAAUAACUGCUCUGCAUCUUCUAGGGGGUGCUACUUCUGGAAAGAAGUAAAAUUUAGGAAUCGUUGUGGAUAGCGCAAGAUGUCAAAGAAAAUGUCUCGCUAUCCUCACGACGCCAAAGUUUACGUUGGCGAGCUCGGCAACAAUGCCAGCAAGCAAGAAAUCGAAGAUGCUUUCUCCUACUAUGGUCCAUUGAGGAAUGUUUGGGUUGCUCGGAAUCCUCCGGGAUUCGCUUUCGUUGAAUUUGACGACGCCCGGGACGCGGAAGAUUCGGUCCGUGGCCUUGACGGUCGUACGGUUUGCGGUCGUCGCGUACGGGUGGAACUGUCCACCGGAAAGGGUGGUCGUGGUUUCCGCGGUGGUGGCGGCGGCGGUGGAGGUGGUGGCGGAGGAGGCGGAGGAGGAGGUGGUCCACCCCGCGGCAAGGGUGGCCGCGGAGGGUUCAAUCCUGAUGAUCGAUGCUACGAGUGCGGAGGACGAGGCCACUAUGCUCGCGAUUGUACCAAGUCCGGCAGGGGCAAAGGCCGCAAGAGAUCUCGCAGCCGUAGCCCUCGGUCUCGUUCACGCGAGUUGCGUACUCGUUCGAAGAGCUACAGCCGCAGUCGCAGCCGUGACCGGGAUCGCGAACGUGAGCGUGAUCGCGACCGCCGUUCCCGUUCCAAGACUCCGAAGAAAACGACCCGAGCUGAGCGUUCGGUGAGCCGCGAUCACAGCAAAUCGCCUCGUCGUUCCGUUUCGAAGGUCCGCAGUCGCUCAAGAACACCUCGUUCGGCGACUAGGUCCCGCUCGCGGUCGCAUCGUCGCAAUGGGACUUCACAUCACGAUUAGGAGAGCGCUGCUUACAAGUGGAUGUUGCCAAUAGGUCCAGACCACCGAGAUUAACAACACACACACACAGGCAAAUAAGAAGGAUACAAAAUCUUAAACUCCCAAUUUGGAACGCAACAAAACUUGACACUCUUUAUCGUUUUUGGCAGAUAGAAAAUGACCAAAAAUAUGAUUUACUUAAUCCGUAGUUGUAGGGGUUUCAUGAUUAUUUCCAUAAGUUUUAAUACAUUUAAGAUUGAAUUGUUCGUGUAGGUAAACAAACUAUUUGAGAUUGAUAGUAUUUGACGAAAAAAGUGCGCUGUAAUUGCUGCCACGGGCACAUGAAUUCUUAUACUAAAGCUAAGGAAUAGUUGUUUAACUGUAAUCUGACAAAAAAUAAUCAGCUCUCUGUACGGAUUUUGAGAAACGCAUAUUAGAUUCGCCGUGUCCAUGCAUUUAUCAUUUUCUCUAACCGAAUGCUAGAAAAGAAGCAAAGUUUCAUAUCUGCCGCAGCAGCGGAAUCUCCAAUCAUCAGUAUAAUUUUGUUCGUAUGCUUUUAUUUAUAAAUGUGGACUUAACAGAAUACAGCAAAAUAAAUAUAUAAAAAGUAUUUGAACUCAAGUUUGUCAAAGCA